AUGGCUGAGGCUUUAGCCUCAGAAACCAGAGCAGAGGCAGAGAAGAGAAGAGCACGGUCCAGAGUCAGAGUCGCUCAAGCUAGAGCUGCAGAAACCGCAGAGCAAACAGAGAAACGCAGAGAAGGAGCGAAAAUCAGAGACAGAAUGACAGAGGACGUGGCUGAUGCUCUGUUGGAGUUGCUCUCAGCGGCGAGGCGUCAGGACUGCGUCACACUCAAAGUUUACGAGCUCAAAGACCUGCACUGCGUCCUGGUUACGAACCCACAGGCUGAACACAGUCAGUUGAGUGAAGUGGGCUGGUUCUGCCAAGAGAACCUCUGCAGGAACCAGUGGCUUCCUCACAUCAGCCUCGAGGAGCAGCUGAACGCCGGACACGAGGAACUCGCGCCACGCUGAAGACGUCGGAUCCCCACAGUGUGUGAAGAUGGAACGACCUGCACAUGGUUGCUUGGGACAGCGGAACAACUUUAGUUUGACAUUAUUCUGUCCUCUAGGAGGCGCUGUGACUGCUCCAGAAAAACAGUAUAAAAUGCAUGGGUAGCUAUGCUAGCAGAAGUUAGCAUUAGCUUCUAACAAACAACCAGAGAGAAAAUUGAAGACUGCUUUUAAACUAAAUGACGAGGUUUCUGUCCACGAAACUACAGCAACACGGCUGGGACAAACACUCAGCGCCAAACUCCAGCACCGGGGAAUAAAAGAGAACGAACAGCGACGCUUAUGAUUUAUAUCUGAUUUUAUUUGCAGUCAUAUUGCUCAUAAUCACCCUGUAAAAUAUUUUUCUGAUUUAUGAACACGAUAACAUUGAUGUGAUCGAUAAAUAAAUGUUUAAACAUAUAAAACA